AAGGCUCGGCCUAUCCGAAGACAGGACGCGGCCUGACGCUUGCCCAGCCUGCCGGGAAGUGAGGCGCAUGCGCAGAUUCACACAGGCAGAGAAGCCAAGAUGAACCCACUUACUAAGGUAAAGCUGAUCAACGAACUGAAUGAACGCGAAGCACAGCUAGGAGUGCAAGAUAAGGUAUCCUGGCACUCGGAAUACAAUGACAGCGCUUGGGUAUUUGUGGGGGGGUUGCCAUAUGAGCUGACAGAAGGCGACAUCAUCUGUGUAUUUUCACAAUAUGGGGAGAUUGUGAACAUAAACCUGGUUCGUGACAAGAAGACAGGGAAAUCCAAAGGUUUCUGCUUCAUUUGCUAUGAAGAUCAGCGAAGCACCAUCCUUGCAGUGGAUAAUUUCAAUGGGAUAAAGAUAAAAGGAAGGACUAUUCGAGUAGAUCAUGUUGCUAAUUAUCGUCCACCAAAAGAUUCCGAGGAUAUCGAUGAAGUUACAAAAACACUCCGGGAGAAGGGAUGUGGUAUUAAAACGCCUCCUCCAAGUUCGUCCGAAUCGUCUGAAGAGAAUGACGUGGAAGUGAAGAAACACAAAAAAGAGAAAAGAAAGAAAAAAAAGAAAGAGAAGAAGGAGCAUCGGAAACGUGUGAAAGAAGAACCGCUUGCAGACGUGCUGCCUCUUAAAACCAGGAUCAAAGAGGAGAAGGAAGAUCCAGGCUACGAGCGAUAUGCUUCUGGGAGUCAGUCGAACUGGAGCAGCCUCUCGGGGCACAAAUACAAGCGGGAGAGAGAGAGGUCCCGGGAAAGAGGCACAGAUCGGGGCAGACACGAACCAGGAGCUUCUCAAAGGGAAGAGAAACACAAGACACUCGAUGCCCCAAAAGAGAGGCUUCAAGGGGCUGGAAGCAGAAGGUCUCGAGACCAAGGGGAGGACAAAGGGAAGUCGUCGAAGGAGAAAAAGACCUCAGGUGGCUAUUAAGCCUUUGCAGAAAGGUCAUGGUGGCCUUAGCAGUUCAGCGGGAGGGAGGCCACUCUGCAGAUUGGACUAAAACUUUAGCGGAAGCGUGGGGUUGACUCUUGGACUGGACUUUGCCUCCUCAGAAAGGAGAAAAUGUGAGCAUCUGAUUGAACAUCUCUUUCAUUUUAUAUAUAAAGCAGUAGUCUGAGAUAAUUUUUUUUCCAAAUCUGGGACGAAUACAUUUGUUUUGAACUAUAGGCAGUCCUGGGUCACAGUGUCAGGAGCCCCUAUAUAUGUGGGCCAAAAGAAGGUUCUGGCAUUUGGUACAAUAAAAAUCUGUUGGAAUCUACCAGCGUGUCUUGGUGCUUUUUCUUUUGGAAGACGGACCCACAGCACAACUGAGGGAAGAAAACCCGACAUUUUGUACCGAAUACCAGAACCUUCUUUUGGCCCACAUAUAUAGGGGCUCCCACAUACCAGAGGGUAAUUGAGGUUUUAUGGCCGGCCUGUUUUAUGGCUGGCAUCUGUUCCUUGUCAGCCGACCAGAGAUGUCAAGGAUUGGAGAUCAUGACACACAGACAUCUGAUGUACAUAGGACUCCUAGUUAAGGACAGGGCUGAGACAACAGGAAGUGAGAGAAUUCUUCUCCUCGAAAGGGAAAUUCACUCUUGAAAUAGUUAUUAUCAUGGGGGGAAAGGGUCUCCACUGAACUUUUAUCUUCACAAGAGGCCAAACUUUUCAAAAGGUGAAAUCUAUACAGAGACAAAGAUAGCAAAACAAACACCACAGGGGGGUUGACAUGUCCUUUUGCUUUCCAAAAGAUAUAAAGCUGGUUAGUACUAGGCAUUUUUGUUAUAACCAGGAGUUGAGAAUCUCUGGUUAUUUUGAUGUUUUGGACUGCAGUUCCUACAGUUCAACAUUACUGGUCAUGUAGCCUGAGGGUUGAUGCUCCCCAUCCCUAUCUCGUGUGUGUGUGUGUGUGUGUGUUAUGUGUAUAUAUAUUCACACACACAUACACACACAAUUCAACAUUACUGGUCAUGCUGAUGAGGGUUGAUGCUCCCCACCCCUAUCUCAUAUGGUGUGUGUGUGUGUAUAUAUAUAUGGCUGGAGUUACACUUUAAAAUUGUACAUAUUCUGAUUUCCAUACAAAUUCAGUUUAAGAAGAAACCUACAGAAUCGAUCUUGUCUAUAAUAAUAACAAUACUUUAUUUAUAACCCACCCUAUUUCCCCAAGGGGACUUCCUGUAUUGUGAAUGUAUAGUGUCUUCUCAUUUUGCAGAAUGUAAGUCUCACAUUCCUUGAAGCCGUCAAUUUAGAUCCUAACGCAGUGGUUCUCAAUCUGUGGGUCCCCAGAUGUUUUGGCCUGCAACUCCUAGAAAUCCUAACAGCUGGUAAACUGGCUGGGAUUUCUGGGAGUUGUACGCCAAAACACCUGGGGACCUACAGGCUGAAAACCACUGCCCUAGAGAGAUGUGGGCAUACAUGUCUCUUUCAAGAAGAUAUUAUUUUAUGACACAGCAAACGAGAGAUAUGCUGGAUUUCGUAUCACAAAAUCACAAGUCGAACACUUCACAAGUGUAUAGGACUGUGUGAUGUAUUUUCGGACGAUGCGUGCAGAUCCCAGUAGGGUGGCCUUUUGCAGUUGGCAGAUUGUAAUUUUGUCAAUGUCUGUUGUUUCCAAAUGCUGGCUGAGAUCUUUUGGCACGGCACUCAAUGUGCCGAUCACCACCGGGACCACCUGCACUGGUUUCUGCCAGAGUCUUUGAAGUUCAAUCUUGAGGUCCUGAUAGCGGCUGAGUUUUCCCUGUUGUUUUUCGUCAAUGCGACUGUCACCUGGGAUGGCGACAUCAAUGAUCCAAACCUUUUUCUUUUCCACAACUGUGAUGUCUAGUGCGAUGUCUUUGUCAGUCUGGAUUCGGAAGUCCCACAGUAUCUUUGUGUGCUCAUUUUUCAAUACUUUUGCAGGUUUGUGAUCCCACCAGUUUCUUUACUGCUGGGAGGUGGUACUUGAGGCAUAAGUUCCAAUGAAUCAUUUGGGCCACGUAGUUGUCCCUCUGUUUGUAUUCUGUCUGUGCAAUUUUCUUACAGCAGCUGAGGAUAUGAUCAAUGGUUUCGUCAAUUUCCUUGCAUUAUUAAUAUUAUUUACACAUUGCUUUUUUCUGUUUAAAAUUAUUAUUAUUAUUUACACAUUUCUUUUUUCUGUUUAAAAAAGAGAGUUAAAGAAGCUUACAGUAAAACCACUCCAAUACAAUUGAAAACCUAGAAAUAGACGAGCAUUAAAGUAGAAUUCAGUAAGAAUGGUAUUCAAAAUAAACAGAUGAAACCUAUCUAUAGCUAAAA